CGUGCGAGUUGGCUGAGGUUCAACUAAUUGAUACGCCGCGUUUUGAGGUGCACGGCCAUAAUGGUGAUGUGCACGGCCGUGCACCCUGGCCGUGCGAGUCGGGAUUUCCUGGUUUUAAGCCAAAUUCCGAACCAAAGGAGAGGGAGAGCUGGGUUUUGGAUCCCAAACACCCAAGGGACGAACCCUAGAGAGAGAGAGCGACUUGGAAACAUUCUUGGAGCUAUUUUGGAGGAUUUCUUCGCCAUUGGAGCUCGGGAAUCAAGCUUGGAGAUGGAGAUUGAAGAUCUAGAUCAGAUUUCUGCAGCCUCUCUCUUCUCUAUGGAGUAACUUCCCUUCACUUAGGUUUUGAGGAACCCUAGUUCCAUGAGUUAGGAUCUUUCUUGUAUGAAGUUUUGGAUGCUUUAUUGUUUGAUUAUAAUCGAUUGAGGCAUGAUUUAUUGAGUCAAUUGGAUCUUGAUCAAAUUCUCUUGAUUUCUGCUUUAACCUAUGAUAGAUAGAAUCUGAUUAGGUUAAGAGAGCUUCCUUGAUUGAUAGUAGUGAAUUGGUUGUGCGAGAGUCAAUCAAUUCACUGCUUUGUACUGGAAUUCAUUCCAGUAGUGGAGAUCUGUGUGAAUCGCCUUAGCAGUCUAUCCCGGUAAAGGCUAGUCGCCUGCCGGGUAUUCUGUCUGAGAGGGUUUGGUCAGCUUAAGAGAUUCCAAGCUAAUUUAGGAUCUUCCGCAGUUUAAUCAACAGUGGAUCAACCAAAGGUAAUUGCAACUUGGACCUAAUUGAGGAGCUAGGGGGAAUCAUACCUAAGUGAGUUCCCAAACUGUAAUUAGUAGUUUUACUUAGUUUAGUUAGUAGAGUAGUUUAGUUAAUCAAUCAUUAAUCUAGUUUGCUAGAUAAUGAACUGAAGCUGAGUAAUAGUAACUCUAGAGACCCGUGGAUUCGAUAUUUAUUACUUGUGCCACUAUACUGCAGUCCCUUUCAUUGGUUACACUUGGCCAUUGUUAGGUGUUGUGUUUUGGCGUGGCCGUAAUUCUGCCCGUAAUUACACCCGAGACCAGUUUCAAAAGUGCUCGGCCGGGACCCUCUCUCUCUCCCCCAUUUUUUUUUCAGACCAAAUUCCCUCUCCUCUCACCGGAAACUCGAACCACCCUCUUCUCAGGUGGUUUUCCGGCCAUAUCUCACUCACCGGAGGUCCAAAUCAAAUUCCGAGACCACCCCCAUGCUCCUCUCGUCGGCGCCCACAAGUCUAUACUAGUGGGGUUGAGUUUCGUGGUGGUUUGGGUCGCCGGAAAACCGCGACCCUUCGGUGUUCCUCCGGCCAAAUCUCUCUCCUCCGACCUUCAAUUGGAAAACCGCGACCACCACCGUGUUCCUGGUACCCGGGGCCUCAUUCCCCAAAGUUUUGGGUCAGUUUGGCUCUGGUGAAGUUGCCGGCGACGACACUCCGGCGAGCUUUCCGGCGAGCUCCCCGGCGAUUCUCGUGUUCUCUCGUUUUUCCCUCACCUUCCCCGCGAUAUCUUCUUGUGCCUCCAGGAAGAUGACAACCUACUUGGCCAUGCUCGACGCCGACCAGAGGAAGAUUCUGAAGGACAUCCGACGCCGCAAACUAGUUAAGCACCAUUACCUCGAUUGGAGGGUUUUCGAGGAGCUGGGCGCUCGCGAGGCAAUGGAGGCUGCCAUCCGCGCUUACUCUUGGCGCCGCCUCCUCUGCCUCGCUGAGCCGACCUAUCAGGAGCUUCUCUGGGAGUUCUACUCUACCUUCGAGCAUUUCCAGACCCACGCGGGCUCACACGGCAACGCCAUCCAGUUCCGACUCGGAGGGGAGUUUUACUCCCUGAGCUACGAUGACUUUGGUCGGGCACUGGGGCUCCUUCCACCUUUCGCCUGUCACCUGGCGAUCGAAGAGCCCGACAGUCCCAUCUUUCGGGACCAGGAGUUCUUCGAGAGGAUCUGCCUCCCGGAGUUCUCAGGCGCUGUUUUCACACCGGGCCACACCACGGCCACUCAGCUGCGCCCAGAGUGGCGCAUCAUCAACCAGCUGUUGGGGAAGUCUUACACCCCCAGCGAGGGCUCCACCAGUCAUCUUCAGCUCCGCACCUUGCAUUGCCUGCACUCCAUGAGCCACGAGGUGGACAACCUCCAUCUGUCCUCCCUCAUCGCCAGGACUGUCGUCAGGGCUUCUCGGUGUGGUCGACCCCUGGCGUGUGGGCCGGUGGUCACUGCCCUGGCACGGUACUACAACAUCGACCUCUCCAGGUUCACUCUCAUCCAGGAGGCGAAGCCCUUCUCCAGGGACACCCUACGGCGCCAGCUGAUACUAGAGAAGGAGGGGGACGUGACCUGGAUCCGGGGCCUUCCUCGCCCUGUUCCUCGUGCACCAGCGGGUGAGGAACUCCCUGAGGCGAGUGCUGCUGCGGCCAGUCGGGCCAAUCGUCGUCGGCGGAACACUCCUUCUGCGCCUGACGCCUCCACCUCUGCUGCCGGCCCAUCUGCUGCCGCCCCCACCACUUACAUUGCCGAGCAGCUGGCGGCCCUUUCCCGCCAGAAUGAGCAGAUCCUUCUUGGCCAGGAGCACCUCAACGCCCGCCUCGACCGUGAGCGCGAAGGUCGCCGCCGCAUCAUCUCAGCUCAGCAUUACAUGAUGAGCUACUGGAACAUGGAUCCUGCUGCUGUUAGCUACCCUUGGGAGGCGUCCCCGGGGCAUGAGGACAACUACCCGCCCCCGACCGGCGAUGGAGGGGAUGAGUACUGAGCUGGCUUUGCUAGCCCAUCGUGUUGGGCUUCGCUUUUUUCUAUCUUUCCAGACUUAGACUCCGUAUUGUGUUUGGUUUUUAUUCCUUGUUCCGUAUUGUGUGGAUUGUUGACUUGGAACUAUGUUUUAUUUCACCCCAUGUGUGUGUUCUGUUGGUUCUAGCUCUGUGCCCGUCGGACUGGUCCUUGUCCAGUCCUCUGCUUUUGACUGGUCCGCCAUCCAGUCCACGUUCCUGACCACUGUUUCACAGUAACAUCGUUCCCCUUCCCUCGGCUCCAUUGAGGACACUGUCGCAUUUAAGUGUGGGGGGGGGUUCUUUGUAUUUAUUGGAACGUAUAUAUGGGUGCUUGGAGCCUAGUCCGCUGUCCGAAUCUUACGAUUUGAGGGCUCCAAGUACUGCUGUUUGAUCAUAUUGGCACUAUGUUUUGAUUGAUGAAUUGAACGGUUUUCGGAUUAAUGCAUGACAACUUGUUUGCGACUAGGACAACCUAUGAUGAGGGCUGAGAUGUGCAGUAGAACGAUGUAGGGGUUCAGUUUUUAAACUGUGUGCUUACCAACUGUGACUUGAUCUGAUCACUUGUCUUGACAGUCGUUUAUGCAUCUAGUUCAGGGUAUCAGAAUGUGAGAUAGAGCAUAUAGGUAGCCAUGUGAGAUUUGAGCCUGCUCGUUUCUUUCUUGUGCGAUAGAUCCCUCUUCCAUGAUGUGUAGCAUUCACGUUGUCACUAGCUAAGAUGAUGGGGGCAUAGGAUUAGCCCACGACCAAAUUUGACUGUCCUGAUGUGUCAUACCCUCUAGUCAGCCCCUUUGAGCCGUGUGUUAUCCUUUCUUUUUGGUCUAUAAUGAAAAAAUCACCCUUUUGCAUCUUUUAGAAGGUUCCACAGAGUGGUUUUUACAGAUUCUCUGCUGUUUCUGCUAAAUUGAAUGUGAGUGUUGGAGGUAGUGCCAAAAAGUUGGGCAGAUGUUUGAAAUAUGUGCAGAAGUGGUGGCUCUCUUAAGAAAUGAAAAGAAAAUGAAAGAAAAACAAAGAAAAAUUGAAAGCAAAGAGAGCCACUACCAAAAAUCUGAAUAAUGCCCGGUAAGUAGUGUUUCUUAGCAGUCUGGCUUGGAAAUACUGACAUUUAUACCUCCUUCGCUCUUGUGCUAUUGAGAUAUUGAGUAAUGCAGGAUAGCAGAAAGAAAAUACCGGUUUGUUUGACUGUGAUUGUGUGUUUGGAAAAUGUGGAACCUUGUGCUAUGAAUACUUCCACCACUUAAAAGGCCUUUUUCCCAUGUCCAAGACCCUAGCCAGUCAUUUGAACAUGUGUCUAAAACCUCCUGAUUAGUUAGUGGUGACACCCCAUAUGUGAGCUCUAGCAUUUAGAGGCUGCCAUCAUGGUGAAGAGAUGUUAGGGAUUGAGAGAAAUAGCAUGCGCAUUUUUCGCAUCAAAUUGUCCUGACCCCACUGGUCGAGAGUGAGUGAUUCAUUUUCAUAUUCUAUAUACUCUUGUACCCUGGUGAGGACCUAGAUUGCUCGGUCUCUAUUCUGAUGUCUUGAGUUGGAUGCAUGAGUUGACUGUUUUGAGUAAGUGGUUGAGUCAAGUCUAGGUUGGUUGGUGAACAGAAGAGAGACUCUUCCUUUACUCGAUUUUGCUGCACUCGAAUGUCCUUUGUGGUGGUUGUCCAGUUUGCUAUUGAAGUUGGUCAUGUAUUGCUGUUUGGAAACCAGUUCGAUUCACGUGUUCUGUGCCUUUAUGACUUGUCCCCAAUGUUUGUUGAUUGAAUUAUGUGAGCUUACCUUGUGUCUGACUUGGUUUGCUUGGGGACAAGCAAACGGUUAAGUGUGGGGGAAUUUGAUA